AUGGCAUCAAAAGUUGUCAUUAUUACCGGUGCUAGCCGGGGCAUUGGAUUGGCAGUCGCCCAGCAUCUCCUACAGGCCAACCACAAAGUAGUUUUGGUUGCAAGAACCGAGGACAAGAUUUUGAAGCUCAAAGAGCAAUAUCCCAACCAGGUCGCCUUUUGUAAAGUAGAUCUGGGAACAAAAGAGCCUUCAACCUCCGUCAUCACUGAAUCUGCAAUCAAGACAUUUGGACAGCUCGAUGGACUUGUAUUGAACCAUGGUACCUUGGAGCCUCUAGGCCGCCUUGAAAACGCAAAAAUCGACGAAUGGAUCCAGGCAUACAACACUAAUCUGUUCAGUUGCCUAUCCCUGAUCAAGGAUGCCAUCCCCCAUCUCCGCAAGACAAAGGGCCGGAUUGUCUUCACUUCAUCGGGGGCUGCCCUGAAAGUUACUCUUCAUGGGGCGCUUGAGGAGCCAGAUGUUGUCUCCGUUUCAGUGGGACCUGGUCGCGUCGACACCGACAUGCAGAAGCUCAUUCGAGAGACCGGAAAGGGUGUCAUGGCAGACAAGGACUAUGCCGGCUUUCAAACAGCGUUUGAAGAGGGCCGUCUGAACAAGCCUGAGUGGCCAGCACAGGUCAUGGCCCAGCUUGUCUUGGAGGCAAAGCCUGAACUAAGCGGAAAAUACGCUACGUGGGAUUCCGAGACUUUCGCGCCGUACCGAGAGUAG